AUGCUGAACGCCCAGAUUCAACUAUACACUGUCCAGGCGCUCCAUCGCGCUAAUGGCAAGCUGGCGACAUUUGGAACAGCGGCUAUUCGUAACUACGCCCAUGGAAGAUUAGGGUGCCGCCGCAUUGACGAGGUGCAUCCUGUCAUUGGAGGUGGCGUGGGAAGCGUGCUAAGGAACGCGGCCGCAAUCGGUAGCCUGCAGCGGUUGGAGGUCUGCAGCGCACGGCGCCAAUGGCGUGCCUAUAAUGAGGGGCGUGUCUAUCUCGACUACCAGGCCACAACCCCCGUCGACCCGAGGGUGCUGGAUCGGAUGCUGCCGUACUUGAGCCACAGCUUCGGAAACCCGCACAGCCGCACCCACUCCUUCGGUUGGGACGCUGAACACGCCGUGGAGGAAGCGAGGUCUGAGGUGGCUGCAUUACUCAAUUGCGACCCCCGCAGCAUAAUCUUCACCUCGGGUGCCACGGAGUCCAACAAUUUGGCCAUCAAGGGCGUCACCGAAUAUUACAGCAACCUCGAACACCCCGAUCCGUCAAAAAUAAAGGAUCACAUUAUAACCUCGCAAAUAGACCACAAAUGCGUCCUGCAGACCUGCCGCCAUCUGGAAAAUCGGGGCUACAAGGUGACCUACCUGAAGCCGGAUACCAAGGGGGUCGUCAGCGCAACCGAUGUCGCGGCUGCAAUCACGCCAAAGACGUUUCUGUGCUCAAUCAUACAUCUCAACAACGAAAUCGGCACACUCCAGAAUCUGGAGGGCAUCGGGCAAACGUGCCGAGAGCGCGGCGUGAUUUUCCAUACUGAUGCCGCGCAGAGCUUCGGGAAAGUGCCCCUCGACCUAUCUAAACUACCAGUCGACCUUAUGUCCAUAUCUGGGCACAAGAUAUACGGCCCCAAGGGAGUGGGCGCCCUUUACGUGGGCAGGCGGCCGCGCAUCCGGCUACGCCCAAUCAUCGACGGCGGUGGGCAGGAACGAGGUCUAAGAUCAGGGACGCUACCCACGCCGUUGGUAGUGGGACUCGGUGCAGCCGCUAGCGUGGCCCGUCAGGAGAUGCAGCGCGACUUAAGCAACGCACGUCGUUUGUGGCAGAAGCUGGUGGACGGCAUGCGGGACAUAGGCCACGUGCAUAUAAAUGGUCCAGUCAAGGAUGGCGAACGUUACUGGGGAAAUUUGAACGUCUCUUUCGAGUUCAUAGAAGGUGAAUCGCUGCUUAUGUCACUGCAAAAUAUUGCACUAUCCAGUGGAUCGGCGUGCACAUCCACAAGUCUGGAACCUAGCUACGUCCUGCGCAGCAUUGGAGUCGGCGAAGAAGUUGCGCACACGUCAAUUCGCUUUGGCAUUGGUCGUUUUACUACAGAACGCGAGAUCGACCAACUGCUGGCGGAGCUCAGGUCUGCCGUGGAACGUUUGCGAAGCUGCAGUCCGCUCUACGAAAUGUUCCUUGAGAAGGAGUCAACGGAAAAUAUGAUCUGGACGUGA